GCGCGAUUACGCGAUCUAGUGUUGCCUCCGGAGCACUCCACGGUGGACCAGUGUCGUCUCGGAUCAAACUGCGCGUACCAACGAAUGACAUAGAACACCGCAAGUGCUCCUGCACACGUUCUUUAGUGUCAUCGACCUCGAGGGUGCCGUUCUGAAUAAAACAUCGGCCCAGCGCAGAAAGAUAAACGAUUCCGAUCACUCGAUAAGGCGAUCAGACGGUGAAAUACGUAAAAUCAUCAACAAAACAGGAUUGCCUGCAGAUCGAAGUAGAGCAAAGAGAGGACACUCGCGAGGAUACUCGAGAGGAAGAGGUACGCGCAAAAGAGGAAACGUCCUAGUCAUCCUGAGACCGAUACGGGUGGGAAAGAACGAAGGGGAUCGGGGAUGCUCCAGAUGCACACCCAUGGCGUGAGAGUGAUGGCGUGCCGCUGAUUGGGCCCGAAAGUGGCUGAUGUUCGAUGAGUGCGGGUGGUGACAGAUGUGUCGGUGGUCGUCGUGGAGUGUGACCUGUCGUUGCUUACGCCAGCGCGAGACCUCACGGUAUUAUCGUUGCGUUCUCGUGACGCAGGAGUAAAAGUGCAAUACGUGAGAGCACACGAGCGGGACGCAAGGAUGAACGGUUCCACGAAGUUCUAUGUCCUGCUGGCGGUUCUCCUCUGCUACGAAGCCUGCAGCUUCAGCCUGAUCCUAGAGGAGGAGAAAGAACCGAAUUACCUUACUGCCGGAGUGGGAGAGUACGCGGUAUUUAAUUGCGAUCUCGACUUUCCGCACGAGACGCCCAUUCCGUACAUCCUCCAAUGGAAUCGCGACGGCAACACUGUGUUUUCUUGGUACGAUGGACAUGUGACGGUGACCAAUAAUUACAAGGGUCGCAUACACCUGCUGGACGACGCCGGGCAUCGCUACGGCCAGGGCAGCAUAAAUCUCACGAAUAUCCGCGAGAGCGACCAAGGCUGGUACGAGUGCAGAGUGAUCUUUCCGAACCGGACGCCUAACUCGAGAAACAACGGCACGUGGUUCCACCUCGCCAUUGACGGUGCGUCGCCGUUCCCGACGACUGUUGCAGGUGAUACUCUACUAGCGGUACCACCUGUCAACAAAACCACCAUGGAAGGAGAAACUGUCAGUUUCGACUGCAUCGCCAAAGGCGAAAGCACAAUAGUAACUUGGUUCCGCGAGGGGGUACCGAUCCCGGAUGUACAGGAUCUCAGAAGAAGAGCGUCCAUCAGCGGCGACGGAACGUUGACCAUAUCAUCGGCGGCCAUGGGAGACCUGGGGGAGUACACCUGCGUAGUGACCGGAGAGAACGGAGACCAACAGAGCGCCUCAGCCUUUCUCAAUGUACAAUAUAAGGCGAAAGUAAUUUACGCGCCCCGAGAGGUCUACCUGCCGUACGGCAAGCCGGCCCUUUUGGACUGCCACUUCCGGGCGAAUCCACCCUUGACGAAUCUCCGUUGGGAGAAGGACGGGUUCCUCUUCGAUCCGUACAACGUGCAGGGCGUUUUCUACAGGCGGAACGGAUCUCUCUAUUUCAGCAAGGUGGAUGAGACACAUUCGGGCAGCUACACAUGCACGCCCUACAACGAGCUCGGCACCGAAGGGCCUAGUCCUUCUAUCACCGUAAUUGUUCAAAGGCCGCCGGUGUUCACGGUAACUCCACAGCAUCUGUACAUGCGAAAACUGGGCGAGACCUUGGAGAUACCUUGUGACGCGAGAGACGGCGAUGAUGCACAUCGGCCAACCAUCGUGUGGUACAAGGACGGAUCGCCUUUGUCACCCGACAGAACCAUUAUAACCGGUGGCAAUCUGACGAUAGAAAGAAUCCAAGAGCACGAUCGAGGAUUGUACCAGUGCGCGGCCAGCAACGAGGCAGCAACGGUCGUCGCGGAUGCUGAAUUAAUGGUGCUGAAUGUUCCACCGAGAGCGCCGUACAAUCUAAGCGCCAAUAGCAGCAAAAAUGCUGUCACCUUGACCUGGAUACCUGGAUACGUGAGACCGAAGAUGGAGUAUUCGGUUUGGUACAGACCUACGGACACAUCAGAAUGGAGAACCAUGAAGAUCCUCUCGAGGAAGAUCACGGAGGCGACAGUCAACAAUCUCUAUCCAGGACGGGAAUACGAAUUCAUGGUGUUGAGCCAGGAUAAACACGGUGACGGGAUGUUCAGCAAAGCGCUUCGAAUAUUCACGCAACCAACUGUAUUUUUAGGUUCCAUCGAUGAGAACUCACCGUCGGAAUAUCGCAGUCCCCAAGAAAUGGAAGGGUUCAUGGGACCACCGACGAACGUGAAAGUUCAAGCAACGGUCGAAGGCUACUUGGUCACCUGGGACCCACCCGAGCUAGGCAGGAAUCAAGUGAGGCUGUACACUGUCAGAUGGUUUAGAGGAUCAUCCGAUCAUCUAUACGGAAGAGCCGAGACGACGGACACUUAUUAUCUAGUGAAAUCUCUAGAGGAGGAGAGCUUUUACACCUUCGAAGUGGCGGCAAUGUCACUCACGGAUGACAGCAGGACUAGCGAGCGGGUCGGCUUGGAGGUGCCCGCUUACCGUCGCAACAGAGCAAUUUCUAUGGGAAUCGUCGCUGGUAUAGGUUUCCUGGCUGCUGCUCUGGCCGCUAUAUGGUGGGCAAGAAAGCGAUUCUGUCAGCCGUCUAACGAGAAGUAGCCGCACACACGAACACGCGGUAAACACGCGGUGUGUUUGUUACUCAGCCGGGAUAGAGCUACUCGUGCGAACUCAUCAUUCAUUAUAAGUAUCCAAGUCGCUCGCGGGAGUAGCAGCGCGUGUGUCGAUAUAGAGGGAAUUAUACGAUAUAGAAGAAGCGUAAUAGCGUUAUACAUCGUACACGAAGGAGAAGCGCAACGUCGAACAGCGCGAAUUCAUUUAUUCGAAGGCGAAGCAAUAGCCCCUUGAAGACAGGUAAAUCUCUCUCUUUAAAAAACACAAAGUAAUAUCGAGUAUUACACGCACAGCAACGGGGCAAAGGGCGGAAUUAACACGUUAUUAUUAAGGACCAUGGCCCCUCAGGCACCUCUGUUAAGAUUUUAUUUACCGAGCUGUAAUCUAAGUUACUACCGAGUGUUCUUGCACCGCUAAUUAUGCCGUACUUUGUGCGCCAUUUAACAGCUUUAUUAGGUAAUUGCACGUUAUAUAAGUGGCUAGACUUGAUACGCGAGUUACAGGUCACCGACCGUCGAAUACGAGAGCGCGUGUCGAGAGAAUCAAACCACGUAUUCCUAUGCGACGUUACGAGCUUCUCUUUUCUCUAUUGUAAAUAAAUUAUGCCCGUACGGGCACCCCUUUUUUCAUUGUUAAUUAUAUCACUUGCACCGGUUUUAUUCGACGUGAUGCGUUUGUCAUGUAUACCUGUACAUCGCAACUAUUGCAAUCGAUAAUAAAGUCAAGCAUAUCGAAGG